AUGAGCUUCUUGCGAGUGGCGAGGGCCGCGGGCGCCUCGGGCGACAAACACGCCUCCCUCGCGCCCGACGUCCUGAAGAAGACGCUCUUCCACUUCAAGAACCUCACCAGCCUCGACCUCGGCGGAAAGAAGGCCACCGCGGCGGUGUUCACCCUUGCGGCAAAGCAGCCGUGGGCGUCAACGCUGGAGAGCUUCACGUACCGCGAGUGCGGCGCGACCCCUUUCGACACCGUGGGGCUGCUGGGGCAGGCCACGCAUCUCACCUCGCUGAGCAUGACCUGCGACGCGGAUGUCCUGCGCCAGCUCUCGAACGCUUGGCGCAAGAACCGAGGCGGCGACGCGGCGCCCCUCCUCGCCUCGCUCGACCUUUCGGGCGGCUGGAGCGGCCGAAUCGGCUGGCCAGCUCUCGAGGCGUUGCCCUCUCAGUUCCCUGAGCUCGAGAAGCUCAAGAUCACGAUGUGGCUCUCCAACGCUCAGCCCUUUCGCCAGCUCGCGCAGCCCUUCGCUCGCCUCCUCGAGCUCUCAAUCACGAGGCUCAUCGCCAGCUACAGCGGCGGCCACCUCACCUCGGAGAAGCUCGGCAGCUUUCUCCGCACCAUCUUCGCCGCGACGCCAGUCGUCGAGACGCUCUGCAUCCACCACGGCUCGAUGUACGUCAGCGGCCGCGAGAGAAAGGAGGGGAAGCGCAUGGACCCCUUCCCAGGCGUCGACGGCGCCCUCGCCGAGCUGCCAACGAGCCUCGUCGAGCUCACUCUCGCCUCGAUGAGCGGGCCCGAGGGAGCGCUCGCUCUCGCGGCGGCGCUCUGCGCGGACCGCGAGCGCUUCCCGCGCCUGACGCCGGCCAAUGCCAGCGUGACCAAGACGGGAGGUGUGUCGUCGUACGGCUACGCGCAGACGGUCACCUUCUGCCUCGACCCCAAGGUAGAGGCGAAGAAGGCGGCCGACAAGGCCAAGGCGGACAAGGGCGGCAAGGCAGGCACGAGCAGCAGCCGCCCGGAGAGCUCCCUCCAUGGCUCCCUCGCGGGGAGCGACGACGCCAUGAGCGAGGACGACGACGUCGAGUGA